UCUUAUCUCACGAGCGGCUCACUCUGCAGUUGGAGACAAAAGCCGGUGACCGGUUUCAUCCAUGUGUUUCCCCCGGAUAUUAUAACUCGGUGAAGUCUGUGUGGCACGCGCGGUAAAAAUGAGUUUUUUAAAGGUGCGUAGGAUAAAUCGAUUUGUCUCGUGACGGGGAUUUUUUUUUUUUUUUUUGGACGCUGUGACCGUUUUGGGAGUAUUGUCAGGAGUCAGGUCGUUUUACAAGCAGUUUUCCUCCAAGUAUGGACAAGACCCAUCUUUCGAACACUAAUGACAUCAUAAUGACGAGCUCAACAGGCCCCUACCAGCAGGAACCCCUGACACCACCCAGAGCCGCCCAUCUCCACUCCUCAUCCUCCUCUUUAUCCUCCCCCUCUCCGUCCUCUUCCUCCUCACCCCUCAAGCCGAACCAGGUCGGCCAGGUCAUCCUGUACGGCGUCCCCAUCGUCUCGCUGGUCAUCGACAACAACGAGAGACUUUGCCUGGCGCAGAUUUCCAACACACUCCUCAAGAACUACAGUUAUAAUGAGAUUCAUAAUCGCCGCGUGGCGCUGGGCAUCACCUGCGUCCAGUGCACCCCGGUCCAGUUGGAGAUUCUUCGUCGGGCCGGCGCCAUGCCCAUCUCGUCACGCCGCUGUGGCAUGAUCACCAAGCGUGAAGCCGAGCGCCUCUGCAAGUCCUUCCUGGGAGAAAACGCACCGCCGAAACUGCCCGACAACUUUGCCUUCGACGUGACACACGAGUGCGCCUGGGGUUGCCGUGGUAACUUCAUCCCUGCACGCUACAACAGCUCCAGGGCCAAAUGCAUCAAGUGCUCCUUGUGCAACAUGUACUUCUCCCCAAAUAAGUUCAUCUUCCACUCCCACCGCACGCCAGACGCCAAGUACACCCAGCCCGACGCUGCCAACUUCAACUCCUGGCGACGACACCUCAAACUCUCUGACAAGCACCCAGCUGAUGAGUUAGUCUACGCCUGGGAGGACGUCAAAGCGAUGUUUAACGGAGGCAGCCGGAAGAGAGCGCUGCCCUCGUCAGCCCACUGCUCCUCCAUGGGUCCGAUGAAGAGUCUGCCGGGUUCAGUAGUGCCUCACAUGAUGGGACCUGACCUGGGUGUUCAGAAAAGAGCGCGCUUUGAAGACGAGGACGAUCUGGAUGGAGGCAGUCUGUCUCCCCGGAAGACGCCACGUAGCUACCCUGUCAUCCCCGUCCCGAGCAAAGGCUUCGGCAUGCUGCAGAAGUUCCCUCCCACGUCGCUCUUCCCCUCGCCGUACCCCUUCCCAGCGUUCGGCCUCUGCCAGCAGAAAAAAGACGACAGUGAUGUUUCAGGCGGGCAGAAAGGAGCAGGGCUGUCGGGUCUUUUAUGGCCCGGCCGCAAAGACACUUUUUAUCCUCCUUUCUGCAUGUUCUGGCCACCAAGAGCAGCGGGAGGAAUCCCUGUCCCGACCUACCUCCAGCCUCAGCCCAGCGCCCUCUCCUCCCUGGCAGACAACCCCUCUCUCAGGCAGGCCUUUCUGGAUCUCUCAGACCCCACCGAGCCUGGAGCUGUAGCUGGCAAUGCAAACGGUGUCAGCACAACCAUGGCGCCCGGCAGUGGGACUACCACACCCAGAUCUGGGCUCUUUGACCCAGAGUGCACAACAGUAACCCCUGACCUUCGCCCUGUGACGUCAGAGGGCUGGCUCAAACUCCUAGACACCCCGACCCUCCAAACCAGGAAGCCGAGCUAUGGCUCAGCCUUCCGACCUGUCAUUAAAGAUGCUGAGAGCAUCGCCAAGCUCCACAGCAACGGUGGAGGAGUCACUGGGGCAACAGAGGAGGACUUUGGGGUUGCCAGGUCAGACCGCCACCAGCGGCUAUCGCCCAGCAGCAGCUGUAGUUACGGGAGUGAAAGCGGAGGCGAUGGAGAGGUGGAGGGAGUGGAGAGCGAAGAGGAGGGGGAGGUGGACGUGGAGUCGUCGAAGCAGGAGGACGAGGAGGAGGGGAGCUUCACGAACAGGCCGCCACAGACUCAAUCCAACCUGUACCUCCCCGCGUUGAGCGACAGCCACGGAGAGGAGAGGGGGAAGGAGCGAGGGAGUGGCGCCGUGUACGCCGGCACCUCCCCUCCCUCCUCCUCGGACCCCAUCCAGCAGGAGUCCCCCAGCCUGCCUGCCUCCCCUACUGCCAGCCUGCCUCUCUCCAGCUCCACCCCGCCUCACCGAGAGGACCCAGCUUACAAAAACGUUCACAAAAACAGAGACGAAGGACUACCUGUGUACGCAACCAAAGACAACUCCAGCAGCUCUGAUGAAAACAAAGAGCAGAGUACUUUCUUUCUGCCGGAGAGUGAGACGUCAGCGCCCGACUACUGGAGGGAAAGCUCAGGUGAUCAAAGCCAAGGUGCUGCCUCUCCUGUGCCGCUGAAGAAGGACGUCGAGAACAUGGAGAAAGAGGAGCUCCAGAAGGUGUUGCUGGAGCAGAUCGACUUCAGGAGGAGACUGGAGCAGGAGUUUCACGCUCUGAAAGGCACUUCACCGUUCCCUGUCUUCCAUAAUUUCCAAGACCAGAUGAAACGAGAGCUCGCCUACAGAGAAGAGAUGGUCCAACAGUUACAGAUGAUUCCCUACGCAAACAUCAUCAGAAAAGAGAAGAUCAGCUCCCAUCUCAACAAGUAGCUCCAAGGCUACGUCAACGCAACCCCACGUGAGAGGAGGAAGCUGUGUGGAUUAAGAAAAAAAACAGUCAUGAAAAGCGACAGAGAAAAGUAGGAGAGACACAAACAGAGAGGAAUAUGACACUAUAUAGUCUAUAAAUACAUUUCUUAAGUUUUCCUGGGACAGCGAUGUUUCAGCCUCUGCAGCACAGCCUCUGUUAAUAACCCUGCACUUAAACUCCGUCUGUUAGGAACACAUUUGAGCCGGUUUGUACUGCAGCGAGGUAAAAGUUUCACCCUUGUUUCCGUCUCCCUGAGUCCAGUUUAUUCCCCAAACUGACUGAACUGAAAGGGGCACACACUGGUGACAUCAGGGGAAACACAAUGACCUUCGCUCUUUCCUCAUCGUCAGACUCGAAGCUUUACCCAACCAGGACCAAAGCGACCGCAUUUUAGGGCCGUUGAAUAGGAAACUCUGAACUUUUUAGACCUCUUUAAGAGACAAAAAGCAAAAGGAGAGAGUCAGACUGGGCGUCCAUGACUGAUGCUGGCCCAACUGUACAUACACCAGACUGCGGCUGAGGACAGUCUUCACACUAAGAUCGUUGCUGUUGUUAGUAUCGCUAUUGCUGUGGUUGCCCUGAAGCGAAACAGACACACCAACCUUCAUGUACUGGCAACAUUUGAUCCCAAAGGGAUUAUCCUUACCACGUCCAGUUGUGUUUAUUGACCAAAACAAACGUUCCCCGUGAACACAUAUCACCAUUCCCACCAGGUCAGGUGUCAGUGGUGACCUGAUGCACCCAUGUUCGGUCUUUUAGAUAUCCCUGACUUGAAUAUGCCAGAUGAAGAACAAAAUAAAGAGGAACAGGAAAGAAGUGUUUCUUUGGGUUUUAAGCCUAAAGAUGCAACAAGAGCAGGGUGGUGUCACACUUUGAGCAAGCUGUGCACUGGCAGAGCAGUUUGUACCUGUAGUGUUGGUAUUUGGGAGCGAGUGUACAAAAAAAACAACAGUAUUAUGUUAAAUGCUCCGAUAAAACAUUUUCACUUUUAUUUAAACAGGAAAAGUCACCCUUAAAACAAUGUUCAACGCCUUCUACUGUUAAUUUCCGAGCAUAUCAAACAGCUGGAGAAUCCUCUGUUCAAAGGGAUUUUUACCCUCCACCCAGACAGGUGUCACCUCCACCAGGAAGUGAAGGUAAUAUCGCCGCCAUCGGCUAAAUGUUCGAGGUGGUGAAUCGACAUUUAAAGGUGUCGGACAGCGAGGAGAAAAGACUGAAGCGUGUCAGUGUUGUAUAUCUACCUGUAAAUGAUUCCACCCGACUGUAUAAAAGUCAUAACGUGAGAGUACUGAACCUCACAGUCAGUCUAUCUAUAUGUGUUUGUUUGUUUGUUUAUUUAUUUGAGUACCGGGGGCUGAAGACCCCGAUUGUGGAAAUAUUAUUUAUUAUAAUGUGAAAAGAAAAAGAAAGCAACGUGUCGAUGAUGAUGAUGAUGAUGAUGAUGGUGAUGAUGAUGAUGGUGCAGUCACGUGUAUGUCAGAGAGAAUAAAAAUGAGCACUCACCCACCUUGUUUAUAGAAUGCGAUGAAUGAAUGAAUGGAUAAAGCUGUCAUCUACUGAGAGAGAUGUUAUCAUAUUAAACUGUUAAUGCAGAUGUAUUUAAAUAUGUUCUUGUAGUUUCUCUACUAUUUAUGUGUAAAUUAAAAGUCUAUACAAUAACCAGAA